GGGCACUUCUGGAUGAUGGUGUGGGAGCAUGACUCGCGCGCCAUCCUGAUGUUGAACAAGCUGAUCGAACAAACGACCGUCAAAUGUCACCAGUACUGGCCGGCCAAGAUCGGCGAGAAGCAUCGUCUCGAGCUGACGGGCGUUCAGCUAUCGGUAGUUCAUCUGAAAUGUGUGGAGUACAAGAACUUCUGCAAACGAACGUUUAGACUGACCGACAUGGAGUCGGGCAAGAGUCGCGAAGUGAUACAGUUUCACUACACGACUUGGCCGGAUUUCGGCAUCCCGAGCUCGCCGGUAGCGUUCCUGCAGUUUCUGAAGGAGGUGCGCGAUUCGGGAACGCUCGACCGGGACGUUGGCCCACCGAUUAUCCACUGCAGUGCCGGCAUCGGGCGUUCGGGAACGUUCUGUUUGGUGGACUGCUGUCUCGUGCUGGUCGACAAGGAGAGGGAAGAUCGAGUGUCCGUUCAAGAUGUACUGCUUGAGUUGCGACAGUAUCGUAUGGGGCUGAUUCAAACGCCGGAUCAGCUGUACUUCUCGUACCAGGCCAUCAUCGAAGGCAUGAAGCGCAUGAAUAACUCCUCGUUCGAGGAGUUUGAAGAGCUGACCGUUGUGGCCUCGUCCAGCCAGCAGAACAGCGACCAGGAGGAUAACGAGGAUACGCCACCGCCGCUGCCGCCACCGCGCACCCACUCGCUGACGUCCAAGCCGCUGCCGGUGAUUCCGACGAGCGAGAGCGUCCACGAGGACUUCCUGCUCGGCGGCAGCAAUGGCGGCGAUCGCGACAAGGUGAACAACCUCGUCAAUCUGGAAAAGAGCAAGCAAUUUGAGAUGGGUGACGAAAACCAUCACCACCAUCAUCACAACAAUCACCAUCAUAAGCGAAGCGACGGCAGCAACAACCACCACAACAACCAUCACCACCAUCCGUACAGUAAUCGGCCGUUGCCGCCGAUCGUGCGGGACAGCUCGCUGUACAAAGUGAACGAAAUGGAUAGCGAUGGCGGCGGCGGUGGUGGAGGUGGUGGCGUGGGCAGCAGUGGCAGCGACGGCAGCGACUCCAACGCGAUGAGCAGCGAGGACGAGCUGAUCGAGGAGAACGAUAGCGACAUCGGCGAGGAAGAGGAGGAGGAGGACGACGAUGAGGCAGAGCUGGAGGAGAAGAAUCGCGGCACCAUUGGCCGAGACGUUCCGUCCGACAACAGUGAUAAUAUUAAAAGCUCGCUGCUGGAUGAAAGCAGCAGCAGCACGACAACGGCUACGACGACGACGGCGACGGGAGGAGCCAGCAGCACCACCGCCAGCAGUGGAACGUCCACGGGCCUGUCCACCUCGACCUCGGUGUCCACCUCCUCGUCCACGACGGCCAGCGCGAUCGGGUCGAACAACUCGACGCUGGAGUCGAAGCGGGGCGACGCGAAAGCGGGCGAGGAAGCGUUCAACGCUAACUCGAGCCUUCCGCCGCUGCCGAACGGUGCGCUGGACGAUGGUGACGAUGCGAUCUCCAGCCCGGAGCGCGAAUUGUCGCCGGGCGCCGAACUGCGACGCCGCAAGCGCAUCGAGCGCCAGUCAGCAAUGGAGGAGAAAAUACGCGAGAUCAAGCGCAAGCGGAAAGAGGUGGAAAGCAAGGGAUCGCCGAAAAAGCGCAGGAAACAAAAAGAAACAGAGAAAUGAUAUUUGGAAAUUCCCUGGAAGGUAUACUUUAUUUGUCACAUUUAAAAGACGAUCAGCUAUACCCGACACAACAAAACAAAGCGGGCGCGCGCGCCAGGGGCACGGUACAACAUUAUCAUCUCGUCGUGGGGUGUGUUGGGACACCGCGAAGGAAAGUGCAUUCAAAACAAUUACUUCAACGUCGGCACGUUGGUGGUGGACGUUUCCUAACACUUGAGAAACGAUGUUUCUUCAAGGAUAAAUUACGUCCGCCGCAAAUAUCGGAUAAAUCCGAACAAAUAUCACCACGUUAACACACACACACACAACCAUAUACACCUUUACAGAAAGCAUACCUAUGGAACGACGGGUGUACACCGAAGGCAAAAGACUGCUUUUAGCUACGGUAAACUAGAGUAAGUGGGGGAUUUUUUUGCGGGCAUCGGGUGGAAUCAUAAUAAUUAGCACAAGCAAACACGAAUGCAUCCGAACGUGUGCGUACAAUGUCCCAAGGCGUAAAGAAUGUCAAUUUUUGUGCAACUAAGGGGGGAGAAGAUGCAUAAUCUACUACUAUAUGCAUAGUGUUUUGUUUGAUUUUUGGACAAUCUCGCACAAUACAUUUACAAAAGAACAAGACAGUGUAUCGAAAGUCGAAGAAUGCGAUCCUGUACACACAAACACCAAACUUUGAUGCAAUAGUUGACACAUUCACUGUACGUACCACUACAAACCAUUAAGUUUGGCUACAGUUCCACGCUGCAUGCUUGAGGUUAUAUACUAUUAACGAUAUUGGGUUAUUUACUAUGGUCGACAAAUCAUGAUAUUCGUACUGGGAAUAUCUCGUUCUGUGUGUGUGGAGUUUGCAUUAGUUUGCCGAUAUUUGUUUUGCCAAAUUGUUAUUACAAUCAACAGUUACUCUACAGUACCUUUUGUGGUGUUUGUUAAGUCAGGUUCAGCAGAUACGUGUGCGUUAUAUCAAUCAAUUUAUCUUUGGUCAAUUCGUAACAAAACACUGACGACAAAGCUUUCAGUUGUGCAUACUUAUUGAUGUGUUAAAGUUUGGGGUACCCAAUAUUUACGGGUACACUCACACACGCAAACAUUUGUAUAGGUUAUUAUCACUAGUGCUCACUAUUAAUUGCCAAAAUGUAACAUGCAAACAAUGCAAAAGUUCAAACAUUGAAAACAAAUCGUAAUCAACAGUAGACGCAAUGGAAUUGUAUCUCCGUCGCGCGAGGGUGGUAGUAGAAAUGGAUGGGUAGCGUUUAGAAAUCAACAAUUGGUGGAACUCCGCUGAAAAGGGGCGUGAAGGUAGCAACGCGUUUAUAAGAUACGUACAACAACAUUUAUAAUAAAACUAUUGCUCAUACA